GGUAUCGCCAUCAGAGAAUCUGCAAAGGUAGUUGAUCAAGCCCAAAGGAGGGUGUUGAGAGGAGUUGAUGACCUUGACUUUUUCAUAGGGGAUGAAGCCGUGGACAAACCUACCUACGCUACCAAGUGGCCUAUACGACAUGGCAUCAUUGAAGACUGGGAUCUUAUGGAAAGGUUCAUGGAACAAGUGGUCUUUAAGUAUCUUCGUGCUGAACCCGAGGACCAUUAUUUUUUAAUGACAGAACCUCCACUGAACACACCAGAAAACAGAGAGUACCUUGCAGAAAUCAUGUUUGAAUCAUUUAAUGUACCAGGACUCUACAUUGCAGUACAGGCAGUGCUGGCUCUGGCAGCCUCAUGGACAUCCCGGCAAGUUGGUGAGCGUACACUGACGGGGAUAGUCAUAGAUAGUGGAGAUGGUGUCACCCACGUUAUCCCAGUGGCAGAAGGUUAUGUAAUUGGAAGCUGCAUCAAACACAUCCCAAUUGCAGGUAGAGAUAUUACGUAUUUCAUUCAACAGCUGCUAAGGGAGAGGGAGGUGGGAAUCCCUCCUGAGCAGUCACUGGAGACCGCAAAAGCCAUUAAGGAGAAGCACUGUUACAUUUGCCCUGAUAUUGUCAAAGAAUUUGCUAAAUAUGACAUGGAUUCCCGGAAGUGGAUCAAACAGUACACGGGAAUCAAUGCGAUCAACCAGAAAAAGUUCAUUAUAGAUGUUGGUUAUGAAAGGUUCCUGGGACCUGAAAUAUUCUUUCACCCUGAGUUUGCCAACCCAGAUUUCAUGGAGUCCAUCUCGGAUGUUGUUGAUGAGGUUAUACAGAACUGUCCCAUCGAUGUGCGCCGGCCGCUGUAUAAGAAUGUCGUUCUUUCUGGAGGCUCCACCAUGUUUAGAGACUUUGGACGUCGUCUACAGAGAGACUUGAAAAGAGUGGUGGACGCCAGGUUGAAGCUGAGUGAAGAGCUCAGUGGGGGCAGGAUAAAGCCUAAGCCUGUGGAGGUGCAGGUGAUAACACACCAUAUGCAGCGCUAUGCCGUGUGGUUUGGAGGCUCCAUGCUGGCCUCAACUCCGGAGUUCUUCCAGGUCUGUCACACCAAGAAGGACUAUGAGGAGUACGGCCCCAGCAUCUGCCGCCACAACCCCGUCUUUGGAGUCAUGUCCUAG